AUGAAUCGCGAAUUUCUGGAUGUACCAGGCAAAAAGGCAGCCUUUGAUGCCAACACACAGUCUGAAGAAGAGAUUCGACUCGGCUCUCGCGUCAGUUUCGCCAAUCAGGCAGCCAGUUCGGGAUCACAAGUUGAGGAUUUGGAAGGAAGUCUUUAUGUUGAGGAACCACCGGAGAAUCGAGAAGAAUGGGAUAACAAGACCCAGUUCUACAUGGGAGUCAUCUCAUAUGCUGUUGGCCUUGGAAAUGUUUGGCGUUUUCCGUAUUUGUGUCAGAAAAAUGGCGGAGGAGCUUUCUUAAUACCAUACGUUGUGAUGAUGGCUGUCGGAGGAUUGCCGCUCUUUCUGAUCGAAUUGGGAAUUGGACAGCGGUUGAGAACGGGUCCGAUUGGAGUCUGGAAUGCGAUACAUCCGUAUCUUGGAGGCGUCGGUGUCUCGGCAGCAAUUGUCUCCUACUUGGUCGCUUUGUACUACAAUGUGAUUAUCACUUGGUGUUUGUACUAUCUCGGUCAAUCAUUCUCUUUGGAACUUCCAUGGGCGCACUGUCCGACGAAUGAAAAUGGUACAAUUGAGGAGGAAUGUGCUCUCUCUUCAUCUCCAACAAUGUUCUUCUGGAACAGAAAAGCUCUUGACACCUCGGAAUCGAUCGGUAAUUUGGAAGGGCUAAACCCGAGAAUCACGAUCUCUCUGCUGUGUGCUUGGACGUUGGUCUACUUUUGUGUGAUGAAAGGAAUCAAGAGCUCGGGAAAGGUGAUGUACGCAACUGCAACAUUUCCCUAUCUGGUGACAACGAUUUUCCUUAUUCGAUCGUUGACAUUGGAUGGAGCAAUGGAAGGUUUAUGGUACAUGAUCAAUCCUGAUCUGGAAAUGCUCUACAGUCCGGAUGUUUGGCUAGAGGCGGCAACACAGAUUUUCUACUCGAUGGGACUCGGCUUUGGGGGCUUAAUCGCUUUUGGCUCAAUGUUCGGAACACUUGAAGGAGUGAUCACUUCAUUGAAUGACUCUCGUUUGAUCACCGUCAAGAAACCGAUCCUCACAGCAGUUCUUUGUGCAUCAGCUUGUGCAAUCGGUUUACUGUUUUCGACAAAAGCUGGACAAUACUGGGUGGCCUUAUUCGAUCAUUUUGCCGGUUCAUACGCCUUGAUGUGCGUAGCUUUUUGUGAAGUGAUCGCUGUUGUUUACAUCUAUGGAUUCAGAAGAUUCUCUCGUGACAUCGAGUAUAUGACCGGAUCUCCUCCAUCCAACUAUUACAUCUACACAUGGAGAUUCAUCUCUCCAUUAGUCAUGUUUAUCCUUUUCUCCACUUCGAUCAUCCAAUGCUUUUCACAUUUGCCAAGAUAUUUUGCGUAUGAGAAGGCUACGGCAAAACAAAUCGAAACCGAAUAUCCGAUUUGGGCAUUGUUCAUCGCUUUUGGAAUGGUUGUAAUGGCGAUUGCUCCCGUUCCGCUUGUUUGGUUCCUUCGGAAAUUCAAGAUUUGGAAAGCGGAUGAUGUUCCAGUGGCGCAAAAAUGUCUGGGCGCCACAGCGAGCACAACGUACAUGUUGAAGUCGGAGCCGUCAUUUAAUCGAAUGACUGAAUCGGCUGUUUCGAUGAAUGAAAUCGAGGGACAGCAGCGU